UGUCUAAAGGACCAACAGACAGCAAUGUGGUCACCUUCAAACUGUCUGCUGAACUGGGUUCAUUCCGUGUGGAGGUGUGUGAUGACCGCGGAACAUCGCUGACAUCACAAUACAAGGUAUUGAUGGGUCGGUGCUGGUCCAGGCCAAAGAGACAAUGGUGUUCGCCAGGCUCAGGGACAUAGUGGUGCUGGAUGUCGACCCCAAAACCAUCCACAAAAAGGCCGUCUCCAUGGUGGGCGAGGAGGUGUUCAGCUUUCAGAUGUCCCUGUAUCCCAGCGCUACGGAGGGAGAGGGUUACUCAGACACCUCCAAGGUGGACGGGAAGGUUACCAUGAGGCUGGGCUGCAUCCAGAUCGUCUAUCUGCACAAGUUCCUCAUGUCUCUACUGACGUUUCUGGAUAACUUCCAGACAGCCAAAGAGGCGUUGAGUGUGGCCACGGCCCAGGCAGCAGAGAAGGCGGCGUCCAGCGUCAGAGACUUUGCCCAGAAGAGCUUCCGUCUCUCCAUGGACGUCAGGCUGAAGGCCCCUCUCAUCGUCGUCCCUCAGUCCUCCGCCUCACGCAAUGCGUUUGUGGUGGACCUGGGGCUCAUCACCGUGGGCAACAGUUUCAGUCUGAUGUCGGCUGAAGGGUUCUCGCUCCCCGUUGUCAUGGACACCAUGGAUGUCAAACUCACUCAGCUCAAACUGUCCAGGUAUCAGAGGACCACGCUGAAACAAGGCUCCCCACAGACAGACAUCGAGAUCCUUCAGCCAAUCAAUUUAGAGCUUCUGGUCAAACGGAACCUGGCCUCUUCCUGGUACAGCAAGAUCCCUGGAGUAGAGGUUCAAGGAAUGCUCAAGUCUAUGAAUAUGUCUCUCGGUCAGGAGGACUUUGGUGUCUUGAAGACACUGAGAACAUCGGAGAGGGCAGCUGGAAGUGCACACCAAACGUCUGGAGGGCCUGGAGGUGGGUCCUAG